ACUGGUUAUAGAUGAUCUCUGGCUGUGAGAUGGCUAUCAGGACUGUACUGAGUGACUGAAGGCAAACAGGCUGAAAAUGACAGGCCAGGUGGCUGACAGGGACCUGUCCCCGAACCGUCUCUCGGUGAAGUCCACCAUGGAGGAGGAGCCAGAGAGGGGGAGAGCUGACAGUACUCUGAGCAGAGUGCCAUCAGCAUGUGGUCAGGAUAACGAUGACACUUCCUCAGAGCUGGCACGGGUGGCCGAACUCGACAGGGGAAACAACUCCAGGAACUCUCUUCGAGGACGGGGUGCUCUGUCUAGGUUGGUGAGUUUGGUGGUGAUUCUGAGGGAGUGGGCACACAGGAGCCUUCUAGAGGAGGAGGAGCGACCAGACUCUUUCUUGGAACGCUUCCGUGGCCCUGAGCUAAGGACUGCCCCUAGUCGUGUCAGCAAUACCCAGCCUGACGCUAAUGGAAAGACCAAAGGGAUGUUUAGGAAGAAAUGGGAAGUGUUCAUUGUGUCUCCGUCAGAUGACAUGUACUACCGCUGGCUGUUUGUUAUUGCUACUGCUGUUCUCUACAACUGGAUCUUCAUUGUGGCUAGAGCAUGCUUUAACCAACUGCAGACAAGCAAUUACAUCUGCUGGUUGGUGCUGGACUAUCUUUCAGACUUCGUGUACAUCUUGGACACCUGUGUCAGACUUCGUACAGGGUUUCUGGAGCAGGGUUUGCUUGUGAAAGACCUCUCCAAGCUGAGGGACAGCUAUAUCCGCACAUUUCAGUUCAAGCUGGAUGUGGUGUCCAUUCUACCCACUGACCUGGCUUACAUAAUAACAGGAAUCCACACCCCAGAGCUCCGAUUCAACCGCCUGCUGCACUUCCCCCGCAUGUUUGAGUUCUUUGAUCGCACUGAGACACGCACCAACUACCCCAACAUCUUCCGCAUCUGUAACUUAGUGCUCUACAUCCUGGUCAUCAUUCACUGGAAUGCUUGCAUUUACUUUGCUAUUUCAAAGUCCCUCGGGUUUGGCUCUGAUACCUGGGUAUACCCCAACAUCUCCAACCCUGAGUACAGCUCACUGACCCGGGGCUACGUCUACUGCCUGUACUGGUCCACUCUCACCCUCACCACUAUUGGAGAGAUGCCCCAACCUGUAAGGGAUGAGGAGUAUCUUUUUGUGGUCUUUGACUUCCUUGUUGGGGUGCUGAUCUUCGCCACCAUUGUGGGUAAUGUUGGCUCCAUGAUUGCCAACAUGAAUGCCACGCGUGCAGAGUUUCAGGCCCGAAUUGAUGCCAUCAAACACUACAUGCACUUUCGCCGGGUCAGCAAGGAGCUGGAGGCACGCGUAAUUAAGUGGUUUGACUACCUUUGGACUAAUAAAAAAGCAGUGGACGAGCAGGAAGUGUUGAAGAACUUGCCCAACAAAUUGCAGGCCGAGAUUGCCAUCAAUGUGCACCUGGAGACCCUGAAGAAAGUGCGUAUCUUUCAGGACUGUGAGGCUGGACUGUUGGUGGAGCUGGUGCUGAAACUCCGUCCACAGGUCUACAGUCCAGGGGACUACAUCUGCCGCAAAGGAGACAUAGGGAAGGAGAUGUACAUCAUCAAAGAGGGGAAGCUGGCAGUGGUGGCUGACGAUGGGGUGACACAGUAUGCCCUUCUCACCUCCGGCAGCUGCUUCGGAGAGAUAAGUAUCCUCAACAUCCAGGGCAGCAAAAUGGGCAACCGUAGGACGGCCAAUAUCCGCAGCAUCGGUUACUCUGACCUCUUCUGCCUCUCUAAGGAUGACCUGAUGGAGGCAGUGACUGAGUACCCUGACGCCAAGAAGGUGCUGGAGGAGAGGGGGAAGGAGAUCCUAAUGAAGGAGGGCCUGCUAGAUGAGAAUGCAGAAAGUGGCAGACUCGGUGGGGAGGACACUGAGGAGAAAGUGGAGAGGCUGGAGUCCUCGCUGGAUACCCUGCAGACACGCUUUGCGCGCCUCCUCAGUGAGUACACGGCAACGCAGCAGCGUCUGAAGCGGCGCAUCACCAACCUUGAGCGGCAGCUUUGCCACACGGGCUGCGGGACUCUAUCAGAGGCAGACUUCUCAGACGUAGAGGAAGAAGCUGGGGCAGGCACUGCAAACUGAUGGGGAACAGUGGUGAGCGCACUGAUCUUACUGAUCAAACCUGAAGAAUGCCUGCAACCGUGGCAAUUGGUCUAACACUUUUGAGCACUUUCAAAUGUAUAAGUGUUUGCACAAAUGUACAAUGAACGUCCUUCCUUAUAAGAAAAGGCAUCACAUAUUAACCUGAUGACAGUUGGGUUAAAGGUUAAGGCUUGGUAUUCUAUGAGUUCAGCGCUAAAAUAAGAUGAAGAGUUGUAGAAUAUAGGGAGGGAGUAUAGGGUAUAGAGUCAGGGUAAAGAGUAUAGAGUCAGAAAAGAGAUGUGUUUCUCUGUAGAUAAAACACUGCUACAGAAGCACAGCUGGUGUCUGGCCUUAGAAAAAUGGUUGUAGGACAGGUGGUAGAGCAACAGGGGUUCAGGUGUACACACAAAGUAAUAUGCAGUAAUUAUUUACAUCAUUACCCUCAAAGAUAGCUUGACAAGAGAACAGAUAGCAGCA